CCACGCCCUACAUUAGAUCUUUUCAGUAAUCCAUAAGUUUAUUACUUUGUCAGGUGUGCAAUAAGUUGCUGAACAGACUUCCACAAACAGAGAAUGCAACACAUCUAAAGCUUGUAAAUGUGGCAUAUUUAUAAUCAGAUAAAAACUUUCCAUAGUCUGAAAGCUUGCAUAGUGCUUGACAAAGCUUACUGAAAUAUAAAAAUGCCUCUGUUUUUGAAGAUCAGGAUGAAAAUUGUAGUUGGUAAUGUGAUGUUACAAAUUUUAGGUUGUGUAUUCGGUCUACCUUUUUAUAUAUAACUUGUUUAAAACCCCAUUAAACCUAACAUUGAUAUAAAAAGUUUUUUUAAAAGGGUUUUUUUUUUGGAAUCGACAUAAAAAGCAUUAAACAUUACAUUACACAGUCUUAUUAUUGCUUUAUUUGCAAACUUUUAUUUUGUAAUUACAACAGCAUUUGUUUGGCUCUCAAGCUCUGUAUGUGUGAUUAUUUAAAACAAAGGACUACAGUUUGCAAGAUAAGUUUUAUGCAGAAUAAUAACAAUAAUAGGUAGUCUAAAAAAAACCUCUAUCCAGAGAAUCACGUUUAAUUUUUAAAAAAAGGUAGCAAGCACAAUAACAAUAAAUAAAUAAUAAUAAAUUAUAUAACGGAUAGCUACGCGCUUUUGUGACGUCACUUUGCGUGGUUACGUUCUUCAAGCGCUCAGCUGUUAAUUGUAGACCACGCCCACUUUAUCGACGGCGGCACGUGCAGCAUCAGCUGGGUUUGUUUAUGCGCUUGAAUGACAUUUAUUUGGUUUCUCAAGUAUGAUUGUUAGGAAAGCGUCGAGUAGAAAAAGCACUGUGCGCAACGUGACGCCACUGAGAGCUGCCCUGUCCUACAAUUUUCAAAGGCACGGGGCUAAACGCAGUCGAAGCGCUCACCGAGGUCGCCAGCUUUCUAAGUUAAAACCGAUUGGACACAACAAAGACAGUUUCAGAGUUGUAAAGGCCGGUGGAAGAUGUCUGAAUGGCCAGUCGCUGGUUUCCGGGAGCAGGAGAGCUCAUGCUGAGCAGGCCACUGCCUCCGAGGACUUCAGCCAGGACUCCUCAAGUAUAACGAUGCCCUCUGGGGUUUCCAGCUUCUUGCUGGAGUGUUUAGAUGUUGAUUCUCCAGCUUCAAACACGGACACGACGCUCUCAUCCAUCGAGGAGUUUCGCAGAGCUGACAAUAAUGACGAGGUGUUACUGGGUGAAGAUGGGAUGAUGAACACGGUGAAGAACUCAACUCUUCUCGAUCACAGUCAUGCGCAGGAUCUAGCGCUGCAGCAGCCGCCAAACCUCUCCUCCAUUCUUGAGCUAUCGAUAAACCCUGCUGAAGAAAAAUCGUUUUCUUUGUCACCCAUGUGCCUCUCUCCUUUACCGGUGCCCUCUGAAACAUCAGAUAUUGCAUCAGGAUGUGUGUUAGAAUCCGCUAACGAGAGAACGCCUGUAAAUACUAGGGUUUUAGUUCUUCCCCCUGUUGUGAAAAAGUGUUUUACAGAAAAGGAACAACCAGUGAAAUGCAGAAAAGUGACGUUCAGCGAUAUAGUGAGCAUUCGAAACGUUUCAAGCCAUAAACGUGGUAAGGCAGACCAGCAGGAUUGUGGAGGAAAGCUGGUUAAAGCGAGCGGAAGAGUGUCAGCGAGAUCCAGAGACGUUUCCUCGAGGACUGGGAAGUUUUUUGACUUUUCAGAUGAGCAUGAGAGAGAAGCCUUUUUCCAGAGACUCAAACAAACACACGUGUUCAAGUUUCCAGCCAAACCGAUCAUCUCAAUCUGAGAGGACUUAAGUUGAAACAAGCAAAACAAUAUCCCUUCUCUUGCUUUUUCAUAUCUGACCAGCAGAGGACAUCCAACACUUCUUCAACGUGGUUGCUUUACAGUUCUACAAAUAUCUGAAUUGAAGUGAAUGGCCAUGGAGUGUUUUUAAGAGCACGUGAGACUCUUUAUUAAACACUAGAGCUAAAAAGUAUACAAUAAUAUUAGAACAUACCUAUGUAAAAUGAAGUUCAAAUUGAUUAUGUACUUAAUGGAUGAUCUUAGCGCGGAAUCAUCAAAAUGAGAAAAACAAUGCCUUGCGGUGCUCGUGGAACAGGUUUUUUACAUGCAUUAGAGAACCUUACACAUCAAAAUGAUAUUAGAUGUUUGUAUAAAAAAUGAAUAAAUAUUAAAAACACGAAUGCAGAACUUCCUUAAUGUGAAAUUGCUCAUUCUUUUAGUUUCUCUGUGUAUCACCAAGCAUAAAAAUAAUUAAAUGCCCGUGAUUAAAUGCAUCUAUCUUAAUUUUAACCCCAACAAAACAUAAACACAGACGUUCUGACCACGUGGUCUAUGAUCUAUAA